AUGAAUUUCAAUCCAGCUGCACUGGAACUUUCGGGGUGUCUUACAGCUUAUUCCUACUGGUUUUUUGAAACGGUUACCGAAGAACGGGCAUUACGUGUGAUGGACGAAGAAGCGACAUUGCCGGACUCGCAGUUCAAUCAGAUAUGCUCUGAGUUGUCUGAUAUACUGUCGGGAAAGAAGAUGAUUGUCGAGCAGAGUGUUUCGGAUGAAAAUGAAGAGCUCUCCUCUCCGGAACUGGAUGAGUUGCGCGAUUCGUUUCAAACAUUCCAGAUGCACUCACCACGGAGGUUCUACACAGCUGAACAUCGACGAUUCACAUUCGGCACCGAAAGUAAGUCUCAGGCCGAGAAUACCAAGUCUGCACCCUGA